AUGCCCAUCAAAUUCCCGGACUCCUUCUUAUCAUCCCUAUCGUUUGACCCGUUAUCCUCUGCCUCAUCGGACAGCGAGAGUGAGAAGGACGAAGCCGCCAGGGCUGCAAAGAGAAGGAGAAUCGAACGAGUGGCACGAGAUUACUUGCAAGGAAACCCGCCAUUCAUUUCAACGGCCACACUACUUGGACCAUUCGACGAUGGUUGGGUCAAUCCCUGGCGGAAGGUACACAACCCACGGUCUGUGUCUUUUCCUCACAGCACACAACAACACACUUCGCGGCCAUGUGUGAUACAAGCAGAGACGCCUUCCGAUCCACAAGCGGCAACGCUUCAGGAAACCCCAAACCUGUUUGCUGGAACUGAUUUAUAUCAGAAGAGCAACCAUGCGGGCGAAUCCCAGUCUCGGCGUGUAAGCAGGAACCCGGAAAGCCGAAGUCGAGCCAGUUCAAGACAGUCUUCGAAAUCAAGGUCGGCCGCGGCAUUGGAUGUAUGGUCGAAGAGAGACAAGUCACGACUGCACCUCGGGCUAGACGGGACACCAAAGUCUCCAAGCCCGUCACCAUCGGUCAGAUUAAGUAGCUCUCGCGUGUCGAAGCGCCCUUCCGAGAGGUCACACAGGAGCUCGUCGUCUCCCUGCCGUGCAGGAACACCCGCCAGUCAGGUCAUGUACCAUCGAACCAUCAACUUCACAGCAAUCAAUGCACCUACCCCCGCCGCUCGUCAACCGAUUGCCACUACUCACGAUCCCACUUCCCAGAACAAGCAAGCAGCCUUUCUCCAACAUAACCACAGUGGAGGUAGCUCGGCUGAGUCAGACAAACUGCGGAUGCUGCACAAGUCCAGUCUAGAGGAGUCUAUUCGUGCAUCAAAAGGCCCAAGCACUGCAGGCAGUCCUUCCAGGGCUAUCCCUACUCUCGAGCCUGUGCUAUGCAACAAGAACCAGCAUCAAGCAGAUAUACCCGCACCAACUGCAAGCAAUAUUCUCGACGCCACAAACAACUCAUCACUGGAAAACGCAGCUGCUUCAGGAAGGAAAUCCGAACCCUUGCAGGAGAACAAGGCGAUCGUUAACGAAUGCCAGAAGGCCUCAAUUACGUGUAUCACUUCCGUCCCCCCUUUGAGCCUGAGAGAAAGUGAGGCACGAAAGACAGGCUCGACUCUCCCAGAGCAGGACUCCGAAACGAUACCAGCCGCUCAGGUAGUUCCACCCAUCUUCACUCCACGGCAGCUCACUCCAUUUAGCUCUGCGGACCUGCUCCAACUACCGUUCCAUCAAAGUAACGAAUCCGCGGCGGAAGACAGCCGCCCGCCGGAUAAUAAUAAUAAUAAUAAUGAGAACAAAACUAGCAAUUCACAAGCUUCGGUUACGACUACACAGGAGCCAGGAACGAAUGAUAGCGCGUGCCGGCCACCUCUGAAAGGAGCUCAGCAGCGUCCCACCAACCUGCUUCGAAGAGCUGCAUCGAGCAGUUCGUUGCAGAAGGUCAUCAAGCCGUUCUAUUCUUUAACUGGCAGCCUUCGGGCGAUAGGUGCAAAGUCAAAACCAAGCACAGUGUCGAAGAAUGCCCGAUUCCACGACGAGAAUACGGAUAUCAAUAAUGAUCAAGCGAGUGAACACGAAGGGAAACAAAAGCAGACCGCUCCGGGGCCCGAGAGAUUAGCACUGUCUGCGUCCUGUCCUCCUGGUCCACGGCCUCAGCAGCAGAUCAACGGCCCCUCCCAGCUGCCCACCCGGGCCCCUCCUGGGAGCUCUCUGGCGGGGGAGCAGCCCUCCACCACCUGCUCUUCGGGAACACCAUUGUCGCUUGCGAUGGCCAUGAGCGGGCUUACGGACCUUUCGACUCAGCCAGACGGCCAAGGCUUGCUCGUUUUGCAAGAGAACAACUUCGACCUGACAGGAGCGCUCGAAGAUGCUGAGAGCUUCCUCCAAAGCUGGGAUAUUGAGCGGGACCGACAGCUACUGCGAGAUAACACCGCAACAGCCAAUGGCCUGAAACAGCCUACUCCCAAGGUUUAG